AUGUGGCGACCAACAAUUCUACUUUUACUAACUCUUGCAGCUUGUAUGUCUUAUCCAGCUCAGUCAACGGGUGGACUCGAUAUAGAAAAGUUGGGAGCAGGGGGCAAGAAUUUUUUCAUGGAUAUGACGAAACAGGUGAUGGGUGUGCCAUCGCUAAAGCCUGAGAACCUCGCCGCUCAAGCAUUUUUCCGCAACUUCUUAAACAAGUAUACAAAUCUUGACGAAAGUAUAAAAAAGGAAAUGGAGCAGUACAUUCCCACCGCUACCAAGAUUUUCAAUAAUGCA